AUGAGGACGGCCAGGCGGGCGAGCAAUGUGGAGGUGCCUUCCUUCCUCCGUCAUCUGGUCAAAGAGACGGAGAAGAUGGUCACCUUCUUCUUCAAAGGGGGCCCCAGAGAAACAGGGCCAGACGAGGAGGACAGUUUGGAUGAGGACGACUCAAUGCCAAGCCCGUACCUGGAUCGACCCAUCUUAGAGAAGCAUGUGUCAGAGGGGGGAUCUCAGUUGGGGGUGAACUACGCUAUGGCGAGCAUGCAGGGUUGGAGGGCUCAGAUGGAGGAUUCUCACACAUGCAUGCCCCAGCUGGGAGGAGAGCUGAGCGAGUGGGGAUACUUUGCUGUUUUUGAUGGACAUGCAGGCACCACAGUGGCACAGUACUGCUCCAGAAACCUGCUGGAGCACAUUCUGGCAACAGGUGGGGUCAAAGCAAACGAGGACCCCGAGCAGGUGAAGGAGGGGAUCCGUAAAGGCUUCCUGGACAUUGAUCGCCACAUGCAAAAACUGACUCGCCAGGACAACUGGGACCACAGUGGCUCCACUGCAGCCGCUGUCAUGACUUCACCACGCCACAUUUACUUUAUCAACUGCGGGGACUCCCGUACCCUGCUCUGCCAUAAAGGCCAGGUGGUCUUCUACACAGAGGACCACAAGCCGUUCAACCCCAGAGAAAAAGAGCGCAUCCAGAACGCUGGAGGCUCCGUCACCCUGCAGAGAGUCAACGGCUCGCUGGCCGUUUCCAGAGCACUGGGGGACUUUGACUUCAAGGAAGUGGACUGGAGGCCACAGACAGAGCAGCUAGUGUCGCCAGAGCCAGAAGUGUAUGAGCUGCAGAGGACGCCCGAAGAUGAGUUCCUAAUCCUUGCAUGUGACGGUGUGUGGGACGCCAUUGGUAAUGAGGAACUGUGUGCCUUUGUGCGCAGCCGUCUGCAGGUGUGCGAUGACCUGAGGGAGAUUUGCACCCAAGUCAUUGAUCUCUGUCUCUAUAAGGGCAGCUUGGAUAACAUGAGCAUCAUCAUCGUCUGCUUCCCCGGCGCCCCUCGAGUGUCACAAGAGGCCCUGCAGCAGGAGGCAGAGCUAGAGCAACAGAUUGAUAUGAAAGUGGAAGAAAUGAUCCAGUUGAUGAGGUCCAGAGAUGAGGACCCUGACCUUCUGUAUGUGAUCAAAUUCCUGGCUGCAGAAGAGAUUGCAGGGCUCCCCCCAGGAGGGGGCAUCACCAGCAAGCGAGACUGUAUCAUCUCUUCAUAUCAGAAACACAUCAUGACGGUCAGAUCUCAGGAGCCUAUGAACAUCGAGGGAUCGGACGAGGACUCAAACUAA